UAAUUGCUUGCUUGUCAAACAACGUGGACCGAGAUCUCUUUUCCAUUGACAUACGCUAUCCAUCUGAGCUUACCGGGUGUCAGAAGCCAGCACAGGUCCCGGGAAACGCUUCCGACAGGUCGAUCGCAUGACAGGAGGCUACAGACGGCUCGCCCUACAUUGUACGACCGCCCAUUGGAGCUGAGGCCGUCUGCGUGGCUCAUAAUUCUUUGGCAGCUUGUAUAUCACCACUACAGACGACUUUGAGGAGUUUCACGGCUAUCUGGCUCAGCUUGACAAAAGUGUCGCCCCACAAGCGAUGGAUAUCGGCAUCGGAGCGUGGGCGACCAACGAUCUCCAUGUGACGAGCUUCCGACCUGACCAGGGCAAUGCAGAACGCAGUGAACAACAAUAUAGACAGUCGUACAGUCCUGCGUCAUUCAGCUGGCGACCGGCCGUCGACGAGGUCAGCAACGGCGAACAGUCUUACUCCAGUCUGCAGCGCAGCACAUUGGCCCACCAGGCGGCAGCCAACCCACAUUCACCGCCGCUCGGUUUCGGAGUAACUAUGGCACCAGAAGUGCAGGUGCAGGUUCCGUUUGACGCCACCGCGCCUACGUGGCUCAAUGGUUGCCCGUCGCAGAGCCUGCAACUUUCAGCUUGGCCUGACGAAAGUGCGAUGAUGCCUUGUCACGAACCACAGACAGCCCUCAAUUCAACUUUCUAUGCGCCGCAGGUCCUUCUUGGAAGGCAAGACGCAAUCUACAACCCAACAAGUGCACCCUUCGAAGACUAUAGCAACAUGGUGCACUUCUCGCCCGCAAGCUGCGAUCCGACACUCUCGCCGGAGCCGGACUCACAAGGCGAGGAGCAGAUCACGUCCGAAGCUGCUCCAAUGUGGACCCAGCACACCAACAGCGACGACCUCGACAAUGUCGAACAAGCCGAGCUGUGCUAUGCGAAGCUGUUGUACUGGUGUCUUAUGGAAGCGCCCGACUACACCAUGACGCUUAAGGACCUGUAUGCGUGGGUCAAGGAGCACAGCCAGAAAGCCAGAGACCCGGACAACAAGGGAUGGCAGAACAGCGUCCGACAUAAUCUUUCCAUGAACGCAGCCUUCGAAAAAGCCCCACCAAAUCCGUUGCACAGCUCAAAGAAAGGCAGCCUCUGGCGUCUCACAUCGCACGCCGUUGAAAACGGAGUGAUCUCAACCACGCGCUACCGCUUACCAUCCAAGCUGAAGAGCAUCCGACGUGGUGCGCCAGCAAUCAAACGUCAGAUCUCCGGAGCCAAAGGCGGUCAGGCUACACGCAACACGUUGCGGCAUCAGCGCGCUCUCCGCGAAGCCCGUUCCUUUCCGAGCAUGCACCGCCAGCACCAGCGCCAGCAGUGUGAACGGCCACCAUCACGCUUAUGCGGCGCGGAGAUGUGGGCUCCGCCACGCUUCCAGCAAGCUCUCCCACAUGUGCAGCCGGGAAUCACAGCAGCGCCGCUGUUCGCCCCACCACCACCACCACCAUCGAGCCCGUACUUCACCAUAUAUGACGACUAUCCGAUGUCUCAAUCAGCUCCUCAGACGCCGCCAACACAGAUGCCGAUGCUGUACCCCGAUCAUACCCUGCACAAACCCUCUGCGCUGCCUGAUUUCACCUUCGGCCACAUCGGAGGGGGCAUUAUCGGCGAUCACGAUGGCUUCAUUGCGGAGAUGCUGACCCCGAGCCCAACGGAGCUGAGUGUCCUGUCGGAGGAUGGAGUGCAGAGCUUCCUGUCGGGCAAUGCCAGUAGGGAGACGACGAGUUUCCCGGAGGAGAUUUGCUAGUGCAAGGCAAAAGGCUCAAGCCUUUUUGGAAUGCAGUGUGUACUUGUAAUGGACCUUUGACAAGGGUGAUGGACGUACUGCGGAUGUACCAGUAGCGAUUUGGAAUGGCGUUGAGACUUGAGUUGCUGCUGCAGAUUUUGAUGAGAUUAACCGUGCAUGUGUUAACGGCUAUCGCGAUGGGUGUGACAGUAUGGACGUCACUAAACUGUGUGCAAUAUGGACUUCCUGCGAAACGGGCAUCUCAAUGUUG